UGUAUUCAUUCCCAUGCAUUGAAUACAAUCGUACGAAAUCAUAUGUUUCACACUCUAUUCUUAUACUGCAAUAUGUCGUUCUAAUAAGUGUGCACAAAUAGAGCAUGUGAAUUCCGCGACGUCUACGAACACCAACCGAAUAUAAGCAAUUUAUUUUUUUUGACUUGAUUUUUAUUGAAAACAAUGAAUUUAUAAAAACACUAAUUGCCAUUUAUACAAUUUGGACCAUUCGAAUUUGGAUUUGAAGGCUUUACCUACCUAUUUACGUACAUAAUAUGGACAAUAAGGAAAUCGAUUUAUACAGGAAUACAGCUUUACGAUACUGCGGGUAUGCAAAUGAAGUUGGAGAGGCAUUACGACCGGUCAUUCCGAAAAAAGUGGUUCAUUUGAGUUACGGAGUGGCUAUCGCUUAUGUAAUAGGUGAUUGCAUCGACAAAACCGUCAAAACCUAUCAGAAUCCGAAAAUUCUGGGUGGGCAUCAGAUCACAGCAGCUGCAAAAACAGCAGGCGAUGUAUUUAUAUGGCAAAUGCUGGCUUCGGUCAUCAUUCCAGGUUUCAUAAUCAAUCGCAUUACGUGGGGAGCUGGCAUCCUUUCGAAACGAAGCAAAAAUUUACCUUCGAUUGCACGCAAAUGGUUGCCUACAUGUAUUGGCCUAGCGGCUAUUCCACUGAUUAUUCGACCAAUUGACAACGCCGUUGACCACGCCAUGGAUCGAACCUACCGCAAAUACGUCUAAUCAAAUCAAACGAUGUGCUUUGUGCAAUGAAUUAAUGCUCAAAUGCUAUUUUAUUCUUUCAACGCCUUCUUAGUUCUUAGUAUAACUGCCAAUAUUUUGUGAUUGUUUAUUGAAAUUUGUGAAUUUCUUUUCCAUUCCAAAUCUCGACGUAAUACAAAUUCAAUUUGUAGAAUACAACCAAGUGCUAUUCUUUUUUAAUUCUAAUAGGACAAUUCUAUUUUUCACUAUGUUUACGUUAAAUGUUGUACAGACAUUUUGGGAAAAACUAAACACUCUAUAAAUAAACCAGUUACUAUUUUCACUUCUCAA